UCUCAUCUACGUAGCGAAAUCUUUGAAACCUAUUCGUACUGUUUUUUGUGCGCUGGACAAAAUCGUCAACGUGGAAAAAUGGAGAAAAAUUUAGGUUUUGAUUCUAAUCUAGCACCAAUACAAGAUCAGUUUCAGGUGUUCAGUUUCGAACUGACAGACAAAGACGGCUCAUCAAUUCGCAUCUCAGGUUUCAACGAUGUAGCUGAAAGAGCGUACAGUAUAAUACAAACGGAUUGUUCAUAUUAUCUAUCUGGAGGUAUUGUAAAGCAGGCAAAUAAGCGAUUUAAUACAACAGGUCACGACUACGAGCUAUCUCUCAGUGCAAGUUCGGAGAUCGCGCCGUGCCAUGACCAAAUUCCCAAGCCAGCACUUGUACUGAAAAUUUGUCCACUGAUAAAUAUACCGAGUCACAAAGACGAAACAGUGGAUGUGUUGGCAGUUGUUGACAGGAUAGAACCCGUUAAUAAGUUUAUAUCAAAACAAGGGCGUGAUUGUGUCAAACGCGAUGUUGAACUGAUUGAUCAAACGGCGACCGUUGUCCAACUUACGCUAUGGGGUGAACAAGCUGAGAAUUUUGAAGAUCAUGCGCUUGGACAGGUUAUUUCUAUAAAAGGAGCCUUGGUAAAAGAGUGGAACGGAGCUUUCAGCUUAGCAGUAGCAUCGGGCUCAAAGAUUGAGUUGAGUCCUCAGCUUGAUGUAGUCCCUAAAUUAUAUGAAUGGUAUAUGAGCGAGCGGGCGAAGGUUGAUACAAAAACAAUAAGCAUGGUAGCUUCCGCAGGAGGCAACGAAGCUAUUCUUCCAAAUGGUCGCUACAUGAACUUGAAGGCAAUGAUAACUACGGUGAAAGCUGACAAUGCGUUGUACCAGAGCUGUCCCAACGAUGGUUGUUCCAAAAAGGUGGUCCAGCUUGGUGUCGAGCAGUACCGUUGUGAGAAGUGCGACACAACAAGUGACGCUUUUAAAUGGAACUAUAUGGUGCAGGCUGAAUUAACUGAUCUGACUGGUUCUGUAUGGGUUACGUUGUUCUCCAACCCGGCAACGAAAUUAUUUGGUAUGGAGCCACAAAAGUUGGGAGACCUCAAGGAAGUGGAUGUAAUGCACUUCACAGUGUUUACCGAUAUUUGUUUUAAAUAUUUCAACUGGCGUAUUAAUGCGAAACCCAACACGUACAACGAUGAGACUCGAAUGCGUUACUCAGUGCUCGGAUGUGAACCUGUACCUUAUGAUCGGUAUAUACCUCAGCUAGAAUUAGCCUUAGAGAAAUUGGAACAAUUAGAGUGCUAG